AUGACAAAAAUCUUUCCAGGUGGUGCAGGUACUGGCACGGCCUGGGGUCCUGGGGGCGGAAGACUCGGAGAAGGAGGACUUGGCCUCGGUACAGGUGUAGGACCUGGCUCAGGGGUUGGUUUUGGACAUGGUGGUGUAGGCACUGGUACAGCUGGGGUUCCUGGAGGUGGAAGACUUGGAGAAGGCGGACUUGGCCCCGGUACAGGUGUGGGACCUGGCUCAGGAGUUGGUUUUGGACAAGGUGGUGCAGGCACUGGGCCAGGUGGUCUUGGUUAUGGUCCAGGUGGCAUCGGAACUGGACCUGGCGGUUAUGAUGCCAGUGCCAAAGCUCGUAAAUACGGAAUGUUAAGUGGGGCACAAGGAGGGCCAGGACUGGGGACUGGAACAGGUCAGCAAAGUGGUGCUGGCACUGGCUAUGGACCAGGUGGAGUUGGACCAGGUGGUGUUGGCACUGGCUAUGGACCAGGAGGAGUUGGACCAGGUGGUGCUGGCACUGGUUAUGGACCAGGUGGAGUUGGACCAGGUGGUGCUGGCACUGGUUAUGGACCAGGAGGAGUUGGACCAGGUGGUGCUGGCACUGGUUAUGGACCAGGUGGAGUUGGACCAGGUAGUGCUGGCACUGGUUAUGGACCAGGUGGAGUUGGACCAGGUAGCGCUGGCACUGGUUAUGGACCAGGAGGUGUUGGACCAGGUGGUGCUGGCACUGGUUAUGGACCAGGAGGCUUUGGACCAGGUGGUGUUGGCACUGGUUAUGGACCAGGAGGUGUUGGACCAGGUGGAGUUGGUAUUGGCUUUGGACCUGGAGGUUAUGCAGGUGCCAAAGCACGAAAAUAUGGUAUUUCUGGAGGUGCAGGAAGUACUAUUGGUGCUGGUGCUGGAACUGGAACUGGGCCUGGUUCUGGGCUUGGAGUGGGUGGGGGAAUACCAGGCCAAGGUGUUGGACUGGGAACUGGUGGUGGACCUGGAGCAGGCGUUGGAACAGCAGGGACACCCGGUUCUGGAGGAGUUGUAACAGGAGGUGGACCAGGUGGCUUUGGACCAGGUGGUUUUGGACCAGGUGGUUUUGGACCAGGUGGUUUUGGACCAAGUGGCUUUGGACCGGGCAGUGCUGGAGGAUAUCCUGGGGGAGCCAAGGCUCUGAAAUAUGGUCUUCCUGGUGGAGGUGGAGCGCCUGGAUCUGGCCUGGGUGGAAGAUUUGGAGGCCCAGCAGCAGGUGGUUUUGGUCCAGGGAGUGGAGGAGUACUAGGGACUGGUAGAGGAUAUGGACCUGGUGGAUAUGGGCCUGGAGCUGGAUCAGUGGCUGGGACUGGUUAUGGACCAGGGGGAGGUUACGGUACGGGACCAGGGGCUGGAUAUGGAACAGGUUAUGGAGCAGGAUCCAAACCUCCUAAAUAUGGCCAACCUGGUGGAGUAGUACCUGGAGCAGGAGCCGGGACCGGCUCUGGUGUUUCAGUAAAUGGCACUAGCACAGGCGGCAGAGCAGGGACAACAGCUGGACCCAGUGGUGGAGGACUUGGAGCUGUAGGUGGCACACCAACACCACCAUCAGAAGGUGACAGUAGUGCUGGCACUGUGAUAGAGGGGUCAGGAAUUCCUGGAGAAGGGGGCACUGGUGUAGCUGGCAGACCAGUGGGGGGUGAUGGAGAUAGCCUGAAUGGAACAGGAAUCCCCAUCAUUGGAGCAACACCAGGACUCAAUGGGACUAGAUUUCCAGGUUCCACAGGACUUACCCCUGUUGGUGGUGGGGCUGUACAACCCAGUGCUGGGGUAGGAGUUGGUGGAACAAGACUUCCCCCUGGAGGUUCUGGUAGUGAUUCCUCAAGUGGAGCACUGCCUGGAGCUAAACCUAUCAAACCCCCAGGUGUUCCUAGAGGUGACACACCAGGUGAAGGCGAUGGAGAAGGAGGUCCUGAUGGAGAGAGAGGUGGUACGGUUGGAGGACCUGGAGGAGUUGGAGGGAGUCCCACCAGCACAGGGCCAGCUGGAGGUGUUUCAGGUGGUGUAGCUGGAGUGGGAAGAGGAGACAGCUCCGCUACUGGAGCUGGAGUUGGAACAGAAGGUGGAUCUGCUGGUGUAGGAGGAACACCAAAGCCUCCCAAAGCAUAUGGACCCGAUGGGACUCUAGGUGCAGGUCGUGGACCUGGUGGAGCUGGAGAGGUUGUAGGAGGAGGUGGAACUGGGCCUGGAUCAGUUGGAGGAGGUCCUGGAGGAGCACAAUUGGUACCUGGUGCUGGUGGCCCUGGUGGAGUGGAAACAAGGGGCCCAAAACCUGGAAAAAGCUAUGGAGCAGGUGGAGAUGGAAUUUUACCCGGUGGAGGGAUACGCUAUCCCACAGGAGCUGGAGCAGGAAAAGCAGGAAAAGUUUACGGCACAGGAGGCCAGGGAGGAGUUGGGCCUGGUGGUUUUGGGGUUGGUCCUGGUGGCUAUGGUACUGGUCCAGGAGGUUACGGGACUGGUCCAGGGGGCUUUGGUGCUGGGCCAGGUGGAUAUGGAACUGGAACUGGACCUGGAGGCAGAGGUAUUGGCGUUGGUCCUGGAGGUGCUGGGACUCUUGGUGUUGGAACUGGUCCAGGAGGUGUAGCAGCAGGCCAAGGCAGAGUUGGUGGUGGGCUGGGAGGAUAUGGAGGUGGUGUGGCACCUGAUGGUUCUAGAUAUGGUACAGGUCCUGGAACUGAAACUGGCAAACCACCAAAACGCUACGGAGCAGGAACUGGUGGUGUUGGGGUUGGACCUGGAGGCUAUGGAACUGGACCAGGUGGAGCUGGUUAUGGUCCAGGAAGUUUCGGUCCAGGUGGCUUUGUGCCUGGUGGUCCUGGUGCUGGUAGUUAUGGACCUGGUGGCACUGGCCCAGGUGGGUUUGUACCUGGCACCACAGGCACAGGACUGGGUGGCACUGGAACUGGACCAAGCGGAUUUGGACCAGGUGGUGUUGGCACAGGACCAGGCAGCUAUGGACCUGGUGGAACAGGGACAGUUCCUGGUGUUUAUACUGCUGGAGGUCAGGGACUAGGGACAAGAAAACCACCAAAAUCAGGCUACGGAUCAUCACUGGGUGGCUAUGGACACGGGGCAGGACUUGGACCUGGUGGGCCUGGUACUUUUGGUCCAGGUGGUGUUGGUACAGGAACAGGAGGCUUCGGACCAGGUGGUGUUGGAGCAGGAACAGGAGGCUUCGGACCAGGUGGUGUUGGAGCAGGAACAGGAGGCUUCGGACCAGGUGGUGUUGGAGCAGGAACAGGAGGCUUCGGACCAGGUGGUGUUGGAGCAGGAACAGGAGGCUUCGGACCAGGCGGUGUUGGAGCAGGAACAGGAGGCUUCGGACCAGGCGGUGUUGGUGCAGGAACAGGAGGCUUCGGACCAGGCGGUGUUGGUGCAGGAACAGGAGGCUUCGGACCAGGCGGUGUUGGUACAGGAACAGGAGGCUUCGGACCAGGUGGUGUUGGAGCAGGAACAGGAGGCUUCGGACCAGGCGGUGUUGGAGCAGGAACGGGAGGCUUCGGACCAGGCGGUGUUGGGACAGGACCUGGCAGUUUUGGACCAGGUGGUGUUGGUACAGGAACAGGAGGCAUCGGACCAGGCGGUGCUGGGACAGGAACUGGAUUUGGACCAGGUGGUCAGGGAUUAGGAAAAAGAAAACCUUAUAAAUCUGGUUAUGGAGCAGCCGGUUUUGGGGCAGCAGGAGGCUUAGCAGGAGGAACUGGUCCUGCUGGAACUGGAGCUAGACCUGGUGGCUAUGGUCCUGGAGGAUUUGGCCCAGGUGGAGCUGGACCAGGCCUUUCUGGGACUGGUGGUGUCGGACCUGGUGGCUUUGGUCCAGGAGGUGCUGGACCAGGUGGAUUUGGUCCAGGAGGUGCUGGACCUGGUGGAUUUGGUCCAGGAGGUGCUGUUCCAGGUGGAUUUGGUCCAGGAGGUGCUGGACCAGGUGGAUUUGGUCCAGGAGGUGCUGGACCAGGUGGAUUUGGUCCAGGAGGUGCUGGGCCUGGUGGGUAUGGACCUGGUGGCCAAACACUCGGAACAAGAAAGCCUCAGAAAUCCGGUUAUGGUUCAUCUUUGGGUGGAACUGGUUAUGUACCAGGUGGUGGAGGGGGGGGUCUUCCUGGUUCAGGAACAGGAGGUGCUAUUGGAGGUGGCCCAGGUGAUGUAGCCGGAGGAACAAGAGGAGCAGGAGGUCCAGGUGGACCAGGCCAAACUAUAGGAGGAGGAGUGGGUGUCCCGUCAGCAGGGGGUGCUGGCCCUGGAUACGGUGGAACUGGAGGAGGCUAUCCAGGAUAUGCAGGAACUGGACAAAAAUCAAAGGCACAGAAGGCAGCCAAAUAUGCAAAUUUGCAGGCCUUACUUGGAGCUGGAGGCUACAGAGGUGGCGGCUGUCAGGGUAAAUACUGUGGCCGAAGGAGGAAGUGAGAGCCCAACAGACAGGAAGUGACCUCAUUGAAGCAACAGUGGUGCUAUACUAUGAUCAGAUUAUAAAUAUCUUGCCUGCCAUAGAAGCUGAAGCCUACAGAAGCCGCAGGCUCUUUUUGAACAUGAGAACUGGUUCUCAGCCUGUUCAGAUACUGUUUUUUUUUUGAAGGCCUGAAAUACAGAGCAGUCAUACAGAGUUGUGUGUGAUUAAGCUAUUUAAAUUUGGUCUAAUUAGGCAUUCACUAGUUCGUAAGAAAAAGCACAAGUUAGAGUAGAUUUGAACUCCAAGAAAUAGGAAUAAGAAAGUUUGGGGAGUACCAAAUUUAAGGCCAUGAAAUUUUUAAGCUAUAGUUUGAAGUUGUUGACAUUUAUUCUAAAAACAGAUUAUUUCCCCUUAAGAAACACUUUAUAACAGCAGAUCCUGCCUGUCAGGCUGAGAACCACUGACAUAAACAGUCAUUAUUUCUUUUUUAAUCAACAAGGAAGAGCUGCUCUAUAAUAACUUUGUGUGUAUUGUUGCUGCAUUGAAUCUGAUUUAUGUUACUAUGCGAGAAUAUCCAUGAAUCCUCUGGGUAACGAAUGAUUCCAAGGACUUCCUUAGGGUGGCUCCUUCAGACCUGUCUGCAUGCUGACACAAUAUUUAAACUUAUUUUUUUUAUCCAGUAACACUGAAUUUACAUUUGGUUUGCAAAGUUACAUGUUUUCCUAAGCAGUCAAUUCACUGUUUUCAGCUUUUAUAUCACAAUACAAACACUUAGAAAUCUUUCAAGCUUUGUGUAGACAAAAAUAGAUAGCUUUUAUUUCUGGGAACAAUGAACAAAAGCAACUCUAGGUUUAGUUUUUCUUUGGGUGUGGUGUUUUGACUGGUCGUUAUCUCAUCCUGGAGAAGUAGACUGUUCACGUCAGCUGUAUUCAGACCUCAGUGUCAUCAGCUGUUUGACACUUAUGAGAUACUUCUAAUCACAUUUAAAACACAGUUUUUUUUUUAUAGCUAAAUAACACAAAGAGGUUUAAUGUAGUUUUGCAAACAUGCAUAAAUUAGUAACUGUUGCUCUAAAAGAAUGAUAGGCUUUGACAUUUGCUGUUGAUAAAAGCAUUUAAACUAAAUGUGAGGUAAUAUGGCAAGAAUACAUGAAGGUGCAUUCAAGUGACAUCUGAGGAGUAGUGUUUACUGUGUUUUUCUUCUUUCGAUGUACCUUUGUACACACUGUUGGAAAAAUUGCUCACGUUUACUAGUUUUUUUUAAAUUAUGCUGAAAAAUGUAUUUAGUCUCAUUUUACAAAUUUCAGUACCUUAGUAUACUAUUUGAGUUAGUCAUUCUGUGUGUGUGUUUUGACUUUUUUAGCAACAUAAAUAGAAGUGCUUUGUUUUCUACAUUGUCCUUGAAUGUAUGUUGAACCACAAUGUAAUCUGUGACUCCAUGAGGAUAAAAAAGAAGUGUAACUAUAUCUCAUCUUGUGUUUGAGCUUAUUUUUGUGUCUCUGUUGUGUAGCUCAACCAGCUGUGUUGUUUAUGUGGCCUAUGAAGAAAAUUAUGCACUUUUGUACAUUUUCUUUUAAAUAAAAAGA